GACAGCGGGCUGCUCGACGGCAAGGCGCUCCGAUUGUGACAAGGGAUCACUGGCCGGACCAAUGGGAUCAGGGAAGCUGGCCCAGGUGCUGCUCGGAUGGGUGGCGGUGUGUCUUGCACCAGUCCAGGUGGCGUACGGUCAGACUGCGAAUGGGAAUGCGCCGCUCCAGGCUAGCCGUUUCACGGCCACCCCGGACCAGAGAGAGGCGCAGCGGGUUCGGCGCCGUGGCCAGGAGACACUGAGAGGACCCAAUGUGUGUGGCUCUCGCUUCCAUUCGUACUGCUGCCCCGGCUGGAAGACUCUGCCAGGCGGGAACCAGUGUAUUGUCCCAAUAUGCAGGAACUCCUGUGGUGAUGGCUUCUGUUCCAGACCCAACAUGUGCACCUGUUCAAACGGGCAGCUGUCUUCCAGCUGUGGAGCAGGAGGAGGAAUUCAGUCGUGUAAUGUCAGGUGCAUGAAUGGAGGCAGUUGUGCUGAGGACUCUUGUACCUGCCCGAAAGGCUUCACGGGCAACCACUGUGGACAACCUGUGUGUGAGAAUGGCUGCCAGAAUGGUGGACGCUGCAUCGGCCCCAACAGAUGCGCCUGUGUGUACGGCUUCACCGGCCCUCAGUGCGAGAGAGACUACAGGACUGGGCCGUGUUUCACGCAGGUGAACAACCAGAUGUGUCAGGGUCAGCUCAGUGGAAUCGUGUGCACCAAGACACUAUGCUGUGCCACCAUUGGCCGAGCGUGGGGACACCCCUGCGAACAGUGCCCCGCCCAGCCGCACCCGUGCAGACGAGGCUUCAUCCCUAACAUCCGGACCGGAGCAUGCCAAGAUGUGGACGAGUGUCAAGCAGUACCAGGUCUUUGUGCUGGAGGUAACUGCAUCAACACUGUGGGAUCUUACGAGUGUAAAUGUCCCGCUGGCCACCGUCAGAGCGAAACUAGCCAUAAAUGUGAAGACAUUGAUGAAUGCAGCACCAUCCCUGGCGUGUGUGAUGGUGGCGAGUGCACCAACACGGCUGGUAGUUACGUGUGCACCUGCCCACGUGGUUACAUCUCCAGCACAGACGGCUCCAGAUGUGUGGACCAGCGUGGGGGAACAUGUUUCUCUGCACUGGCUAAUGGUCGCUGUGCUGCUGAGUUGAGUGGCCAGUACACCAAGAUGCAAUGUUGCUGUGACACCGGCCGCUGUUGGGCUUUGGGACAGAUUCCCGAGAUGUGCCCUGUGAGGGGGUCUGAUGAGUUCCGUCGUUUAUGUAUCGUGGGCGUUCCUCAGGGACACGGCCUCCCCAACGGCUACCCCAACGGAUACUUCCCCAACAGCAAUGGCAACUACGGACAGAAGUUUCCCAGUAUUUCCAAUGGGAAUGGGGGCAAUGGCGGAGGCGGUUUUGGAGGCAACGGCGGAGGUUUCGGUGGCAAUGGUGGAAGUUUCGGAGGGAACGGAGGCAACUUUGGCGGCAACGGAGGAAGCUUUGGAGGGAAUGGAGGGGGACUUAUGACCCAUCACCAAAUAGGCACCGUUACUGUGAACGACACCAUUGAUAUCUGCAAGCACUUCACCAAUCUGUGUCUGAAUGGACGCUGCAUUCCCACACCCACAAGCUACCGCUGCGAGUGCAACAUGGGCUACAAGCAGGAUGGACGCGGGGAAUGUAUUGAUGUGGAUGAAUGUCUGAGUAAUCCAUGCAUCAAUGGCGACUGUGUCAACACACCGGGUUCAUAUCACUGCAAGUGUCAUGAGGGCUACCAGGGAACACCCACCAAGCAAGCUUGUAUUGAUAUUGACGAGUGUAUCGUCAAUGGGGUGAUGUGUCGCAAUGGGCGUUGCGUCAACACUGAGGGAAGCUUCCAGUGUAUCUGCAAUGCUGGCUUUGAACUCACACCUGAUGGCAAGAACUGCAUCGAUCAUGAUGAAUGUGCCACCACCAACAUGUGUCUGAAUGGCAUGUGCAUCAAUGAGGACGGCAGCUUUAAGUGCAUCUGCAAGCCUGGCUUUGCCCUUGCACCAAAUGGACGCUACUGCACUGACAUCGAUGAGUGUCUGACACCAGGAAUUUGCAUGAAUGGCCGCUGCAUCAACUCGGAGGGCUCCUUCCGCUGCGAGUGCCCGCCGGGCCUGGCUAUUGAUGUAGAUGGGAGAGUGUGUGUGGACACGCAUAUGAGGACCACCUGCUACGGUGCCAUAAAGAUGGGCACAUGCUCACGGCCCUUCCCAGGUGCGGUGACCAAAUCGGAGUGCUGUUGCGCCAAUCCUGAACAUGGAUUUGGAGAACCCUGCCACCCCUGUCCCUCCCGAAACUCAGCUGAGUUCCAGGCUGUGUGCAGUAGCGGUAUCGGCAUCACUGCCGAUGGCAGAGAUAUCAAUGAGUGCGCCCUGGACCCAGACAUUUGUCAGAACGGCAUUUGUGAGAAUCUGAGAGGAAGUUACCGCUGUAUCUGUAACAUCGGCUAUGAGUCAGACACCAGCGGCAAAAAUUGCGUUGACAUCAAUGAGUGUCUGGUCAACCGCCAGCUUUGUGACAAUGGCCUAUGCAGAAACACUCCUGGCUCGUACACAUGUUCCUGCCCAAAAGGUUUUGUCUUCAAGCCAGACUCAGAGACAUGUGAAGAUAUCAAUGAGUGUGAGUCAAGUCCAUGCGUCAAUGGGGUCUGUCGCAAUGUGAUCGGGUCCUUUAACUGUGAGUGCACCCAUGGGAGUAAGCUGGACUCUACCAACACCAUCUGCGUGGACAGCAUGAAGAGUACUUGUUGGCUGACCAUACAGAACAGCCGCUGUGAGGUGAACAUCAACGGGGCCACGCUCAAGUCUGAGUGCUGCUCUACAUUGGGAGCGGCCUGGGGAAGUCCAUGCGAGCCCUGCGAGAUUGACACGGCCUGUUCACGAGGAUUCGCUCGCAUGAAGGGCCUCGUCUGUGAAGACAUUAACGAGUGUGAGGUAUUCCCUGGAGUGUGUACAAAUGGCCGCUGUGUGAACGCUCAGGGCUCCUUCCGCUGCGAGUGUGCCGAGGGCCUCACUUUGGACAGUACUGGCCGCACGUGCGUGGACAUGCGCAGCGAGCAGUGCUAUAUGAAGUGGCACGAGGACGAGUGUGGCGAGCCUCUGCCUGGGCGGUACCGAGUGGACAUGUGCUGCUGCUCUGUGGGCGCCGCCUGGGGUGUCGACUGUGACGAGUGCCCCAAAGCCAGCACGCCUGAAUACAGGGCCAUCUGUCCAAGGGGACCUGGUUUUGCUAACAGGGACAUCCUGACUGGCAGGCCCUUCUACAAAGAUGUGAACGAGUGUAAGGUCUUCAAUGGUCUGUGUACUUAUGGAACUUGCCGAAACACCAUCGGAAGUUUCAAGUGUCGCUGCAACAGCGGCUUUGCUCUGACGGACGAGGAGAGAAACUGCACAGACAUCGACGAGUGUCGAAUCUCCCCGGAUCUGUGCGGUCACGGUACAUGUGCCAACACUCCUGGCAGCUUUGAGUGUGAAUGCUUUGAAGGCUACGAAAGCGGCUUCAUGAUGAUGAAAAACUGCAUGGACAUCGACGAGUGCGAGCGAAACCCCCUGCUGUGUCGCGGAGGGACCUGUCUCAACACUGAAGGCAGUUACGAGUGUGAAUGUCCCCCGGGACACUCUCUCAGCCCCGAUGGAUCAGCUUGUGAAGAUGUGAAUGAGUGCCAGCUGAGCGACAACUUGUGCAAGAACGGCCAGUGCGUCAACAUGCCAGGAACCUACCAGUGCUCAUGUGACACCGGCUACCAGGCCACACCGGACAGACAGGGCUGCGUUGAUAUUGAUGAGUGCACCAUCAUGAAUGGAGGGUGUGAGACCCACUGCACCAACUCAGAGGGCAGCUAUGAGUGCAGCUGCAGUGAAGGCUACGCUCUCAUGCCUGACCUCAGGACGUGCUCAGACAUUGAUGAGUGCGAGGAGACGCCAGACAUCUGCGACGGAGGCCAGUGUACAAACAUUCCUGGGGAAUAUCGCUGCCUGUGCUAUGACGGUUUUAUGGCUUCUAUGGACAUGAGGACCUGUAUUGAUGUGAACGAAUGUGAUUUGAACCCAAACAUCUGUCUCCACGGCGACUGUGAGAACACCAAAGGCUCUUUCAUCUGUCACUGUCAGCUUGGGUACUUUGUCAAGAAGGGAUCCACUGGAUGCACAGAUAUUGACGAGUGCGAGAUCGGCGCUCACAACUGUGACAUGCACGCCGCAUGCAUCAACGUUCCCGGCAGCUUUAAGUGUCGCUGUCGGGAUGGCUGGGAGGGAGAUGGCAUCAAGUGCGUCGAUCAGGAUGAGUGCGCCGCAGAGGACCACAAUUGCAACCUGAACGCAGACUGUGUCAAUACGCCAGGAUCAUACAGGUGCACGUGCAAAGAGGGCUUCAAUGGGGACGGCUUUUCCUGCUCCGACAUGGACGAGUGUGCGGACAACGUCAACCUGUGUGAAAACGGACAGUGUCUGAAUGCUCCGGGAGGCUACCGCUGCGAGUGUGAGAUGGGCUUCACCCCGACCGAGGACAGCAAGGCCUGUCAAGAUAUCGAUGAGUGUAAUUUCCAGAAUAUCUGCGUGUUUGGAACGUGCCAGAACCUUCCUGGGAUGUUCCGCUGUGUGUGUGAUGAUGGUUAUGAAUUGGACCGUAGCGGAGGAAACUGCACAGACAUCAAUGAGUGCGCCGACCCAGUGAACUGCAUCAACGGGCUGUGUGUGAACACUCCGGGAAGUUACCUGUGCAACUGCCCAGCUGACUUUGAGCUCAACCCCACUGGUGUCGGUUGUGUAGAUACUCGCGUGGGCAACUGCUUCCUCGACAUCCUCGCACGCGGCGAUGGGGGAAUCUCAUGCAGCGCUGAGAUCGGAGUAGGCGUGACCAGAGCUUCGUGUUGCUGUUCGAUCAGAGGAGCCUGGGGCAACCCUUGCGAACUGUGCCCUGCCCCCAACUCUACCGAAUAUCGAACCCUUUGCCCCGGAGGAGAAGGUUUCAGACCCAACCCUAUUACUGUCAUUCUGGAAGAUAUUGAUGAGUGCCAGGAGCUUCCAGGCCUCUGCCAGGGUGGAAACUGUGUCAACACCUUUGGUAGCUUCCAGUGUGAGUGCCCAGCAGGUUAUUACCUCAACGAGGAGACUCGCAUCUGUGAGGACAUAGAUGAAUGCACCACCCACAUUGGGAUCUGUGGACCUGGUACGUGCUACAACACUUUGGGCAACUACACAUGCGUGUGUCCCCCUGAGUACAUGCAGGUCAAUGGAGGAAACAACUGCAUGGACAUGAGGAAAAGCGUGUGUUACCGCAACUUCAACGACACAUGCGAGAACGAGCUGUCCUUCAACAUGACCAAGAAGAUGUGUUGCUGUGCCUACAACGUGGGCAAGGCAUGGAACAAGCCGUGUGAGGCCUGCCCAACUCCCGCUACCUCUGAGUAUCAGUUACUUUGUGGGAACCAGGCCCCUGGCUUUAUCAUUGACAUCCACACUGGCAAGCCAAUUGAUAUUGAUGAGUGCCGGGAGAUUCCUGGUAUCUGUGCCAAUGGCGUGUGCAUCAACCAGAUCGGGAGCUUCCGCUGUGAAUGUCCAAUGGGCUUCAGCUAUAAUAACAUACUGCUCAUUUGUGAAGAUAUUGAUGAGUGUAACAGCGGGGACAAUCUGUGCCAGCGUAACGCCAAGUGUAUCAACAUUCCUGGCAGUUAUCGCUGCGAGUGUUCUCCAGGCUUCAAACUGUCCCCCAGUGGGGCCUGCGUGGACCGCAACGAGUGCCAGGAGAUUCCUAACGUGUGCAGCCAUGGAGAGUGUAUUGACACCCAAGGCAGUUACCGGUGUCUGUGCCAUAAUGGCUUCAAGGCGACUGCAGACCAGACCAUGUGCAUGGACAUUGAUGAGUGCGACAGACAGCCGUGUGGCAACGGUACCUGUAAAAACACUGUAGGGUCCUACAACUGCCUGUGCUUCCCUGGCUUCGAGCUCACCCACAACAAUGACUGCAUGGACAUUGACGAGUGCAGUGCCCUGCAGGGUCAAGUGUGCAGGAAUGGACAGUGUAUCAACGAAUUGGGUUCCUUCCAAUGCCUCUGCAAUGAAGGUUAUGAGAACACACCUGAUGGGAAAAACUGUGUUGAUAUCAACGAGUGCGUGAGUCUGCCUGGUACAUGCUCCCCAGGAACUUGUCAGAAUUUGGAUGGAUCUUUCAGAUGUAUUUGUCCUCCGGGCUAUGAGGUGCAGAAUGACCAGUGCAUUGAUAUUAAUGAGUGUGAGGUGGAACCAAAUCUUUGCCAGUUCGGUACAUGUACCAACACCCCCGGCAGCUUCCAGUGCACCUGCCAACCGGGCUUCGUGCUCUCUGACAACAAGCGCCGUUGUUAUGACACCCGAGAGAGUUUCUGUUUCACCAAAUUCGAGAUAGGAAAGUGUUCUGUCCCAAAAGCUUUCAACACCACCAAGGCCAAGUGCUGCUGCAGCAAGAUGCCUGGGGAGGGCUGGGGGCUUCCUUGCGAGCUGUGCCCCCGAGAGACCGAAGCUGCUUUUAACACUCUGUGUCCCUACGGCCACGGAGCACUGCCCGGACCUGGUGAUGCUCGUGAGGAUAUGAACGAGUGUCUGGAUAACCCGGGUAUCUGCCAGAAUGGUAUUUGCAUCAACACAGAUGGUUCGUUCCGCUGUGAAUGCCCCUUUGGAUACAACCUGGACUACACUGGAGUUAAUUGUGUCGACACGGACGAGUGCUCCAUUGGAAACCCGUGUGGAAAUGGAACCUGCACCAAUGUGGUGGGAGGCUUUGAAUGUUCCUGCCAGGAGGGCUUUGAACCUGGACCCAUGAUGACAUGUGAAGACAUCAACGAGUGCUCAAAAAAUCCUCUGCUGUGCGCCUUCCGCUGUGUGAACACUUUUGGCUCCUAUGAGUGCAUGUGCCCAGCUGGCUACGUGCUGCGAGACGACCAGCGCAUGUGUAGAGACCAAGAUGAGUGCUCCGAGGGUAUGGAUGACUGCGACUCCAAGGGUAUGAUGUGUAAGAACCUGAUCGGGACCUUCAUGUGCAUUUGCCCACCUGGCAUGCAGCGCCGCCCUGAUGGAGAGGGAUGCAUGGACUUGAAUGAGUGCAGAGCCAAGCCUGGCAUUUGUAAGAACGGACGCUGUAUCAACACUGUGGGCAGCUACCGCUGCGAGUGCAAUGAUGGCUUUGAGCCCAGUUCCACUGCAACUGAGUGCAUUGACAACCGUAAGGGAUUCUGUUACAUGGAGGUCCUGCAGACGAUGUGUCAGCAGUCGUCCACCAACAGAAACAGCGUGACCAAGUCCGAGUGCUGCUGCAACACGGGUCGGGGCUGGGGCUCGCAGUGUGAGCUCUGCCCGCUGCCUGGCACCGUCCAGUACAAGAAGAUGUGCCCUCUUGGGCCCGGCUACACCACAGAUGCCAGGGAUAUCAACGAGUGUCAGGUGUUGCCAGAUCUGUGUAGCAACGGUCAGUGCAUCAACACCAUCGGAUCCUUCCGCUGCCACUGUAACGUCGGAUACAAGACCGACUUUACUGCUACCUCAUGUGUCGACAUGGAUGAGUGCUCGCUGUCUCCCAAGCCCUGUAACUUCCUGUGUAAAAACACAGAGGGUAGCUACCUCUGCUCCUGUCCAAGAGGAUACAGCCUGCAGCCUGAUGGAAAGACCUGCAAAGAUCUGGACGAGUGUUCCACCAAGCAACACAACUGCCAGUUCCUUUGUGUCAACACCAUUGGAGGCUUCACUUGCAAGUGUCCUCCCGGCUUCACUCAGCAUCAAACGGCCUGCAUUGACAACAAUGAGUGCAUGGGUCAGAACAGUGUGUGCGGUUCUCAGGCUUCUUGUGUCAACACUCCUGGUAGCUUCAACUGUGAGUGCUCUAAAGGCUUCUCUUUGGACACCACGGGCCUGGAGUGUGAAGAUGUGGACGAGUGUAGCAGUAACCACCGCUGUCAACAUGGCUGUCAGAACAUGAUGGGUGGUUUCCGUUGUGGCUGCCCUCAAGGCUACGUGCAGCACUACCAGUGGAACCAGUGUGUCGAUGAGAACGAGUGCCAGGCAGGUUCAAUGUGCGGCUCGGCUUCCUGCUACAACACGCUGGGCAGCUACAAGUGUGUGUGUCCCUCCGGCUUCGACUUCGAGGCGUCCGCUGGCGGCUGCCAGGAUGUGAACGAGUGCUCCAUGGGAGGCAACCCGUGUAUGUAUGGCUGCUCCAACACGGAUGGAGGAUACCUGUGCGGCUGUCCUGGAGGCUUCUACAGGGCCGGACAGGGUCAUUGUAUAUCAGGCUCAGGCUUCCCAGGCCAAUUAGGUGUAGAAGGCGAGGAGGACGACAGUCUGUCUCCUGAGGCCUGCUACGAGUGUAAGAUCAAUGGAGGAGGAAAGAACGGACGACACAAACGCAACGCAAAUGAAAAUGAGCUUGAUCAUGAGCCGGUGAGUCUGGCCAGUGUGGACACGCAAGCUUCCAUCCCCAUGAACAUUACUCUGGCCUCGCUCCUCAACAAAGAACCUCUGCUGGAGCUGCUGCCUGCCCUGCAGCCGCUGGAGCACCACGUGCGCUACGUCAUCACCCACGGCAACGCCGACGAACACUUCCGACUGCUGGAGCGCCGCGACGGAAAGAGCGUGCUGAGGCUGGGCAAGAGGCCGCCUCCCGCCGGAUCCUACCGGCUCGACAUCGCCAGCCUGCCUCUGUUCGGGCCCCGGAGACGAAACCAACUGGAGGAGCAGCACGACAAGGACUACCUGCAAGGGGAAAUCGGGGACGCCCUGCGCAUCAAGCUCCACAUCCACCUGCACUGAGCGCGCUCACAAGCCCCGCCCCUGGACUGACCCCCUUUAAAGCCUGAACCUUUGAGUUUUAACCCGCCCUUGUAUCCAGCAGAGGGUAACCAAGGGCUAUGAAAGACUGAGUCAAUCAGCCCAACUCUACCACCACUUUGUUACUGUUCAUGUUAUCAUGUGUUCAUGUUUUG